AAAAAAAAAAAAAAAAGAGAGAUCCACGUAACGCCUAACUGCUGAUACACGAGUCGCUGCAUCUAAAAAAGGAAUGAAAAGAAUUUGGAGUUUCAGAUGGAUUUCGAGGAAUCGCGGUGGGGGAAGUAACUAACUGUAUAAUAUCCUCCAUGCAACGGGCUGUCCCGCAACUCCGGGUCUUUCGGCUUUCUUAGUUUCUCGCUCUACUCGGCCAGUUACAACACUCGUCUCUCGCAUUAUCGAGUCACGUCAUUACUCUUUUCUUUCCAUUUUUUUUUUUUUUUUUUUUUUUGCCAUGGAUACUUGCAAGUAGUUCGUCGUCACCGCAAGAAACGUUUUUUACCCCCUUAAUGGAGUGGACAAGUGAUUUUGAAAAAUGUUGACCGGCCAGUGGUAGCUGCAUAGGUAUAUACACAAAGAUCGGCGACACAAUGUUAACGAUCGCCCGUCCCAACGUCGAACGGCUGCUGAAUCGACAUCGAGCGUCUAUCGUUGCCUCGUCCCGCAUCGAAGCGAGGAACAACAGCAGCAAUGGACCAGCAAACUCCAUCGCGAGGAUUUAUUCAUCUGUCAGAAGUGUCGGUCGCGGUGUGGCUCGACUCUGGCAGGGGUUGAGCCGCGUGAGGCUGGACCGGCGCCAACUGACCGUUAUAACCGGUUGCGAUUCGGGCCUCGGUUACGGGAUGGCCGUGCGCUCGGCAGAGCUAGGAUCGUCGGUGGUGGCUGGGGUGCUCGACGCAGCGGGUCCAGGGGCCCAAGCGCUGGCGGGUCUGGAUGGCGUCCAGGUCCUACCGCUCGAUGUCACCGAGGAGCGCAGCCGGCGGGAGUUUGCGCGAGCGGUCGAGGACACCCUCAGGGACGAAGGGCUGAAAUUGCAUGCUUUGGUGAACAACGCCGGAGUGAUGGUGUUCGGCCUAUUCGACUGGCAGGAGCCCGAGCACAUAGAACACCAGCUGAAGGUCAACCUCGUGGGCCCGCAGCUCCUGACGCGAGCCUUGUUGCCGCUGAUACGCCGCAAUAGCGGUGCUCGCGUGAUCAACGUGUCGAGCCACUGCGCCAAAUCGGCUCUGCCCGGACUCGCGGUGUACGCCUCGACCAAAGCGGCCAUCGAAACUUGGACCUGCUCGCUUAGGAUCGAGUUCAAGAACUUUUCGGCUCGGGCCAUCAGUUUCGUCCCUGGUUCCUUUUACACGGAGAGCCGCAUAAUGGCUCGGCAGAUGGAGUACUUCGAGCGGAUGCGCGCAGCCAUGAGCGACGAGACCAAGGCCUUCUACGGGGACUACUUCGACGCGUACAGCAAGUCCCUCGAGCCGCUCGCCGUUCAAACGAGGCACGAUCUUUUACGAAACGAGGAGAUACUUGGGGCCUUCGAGGGCGCGCUCAUCGACAGAAGACCCUCGGCGAAAUACAAGUGCGAGCCGUGGCGUUACAAGAUUUAUCACGCGUUUUUCGAGUACGCGCCAGUUCCCGUUAGAGAUCGUUUGGUCGAACGAUUCAUACAGAUGCCGAAAUUCAAGCGACGCUCGUAGCAAGACACACUCU